AUGAAGAACCCAGAUGCAAAGGAUAUUCUUGUGUCUCAAAUACUCGUGAUCAUAGCGACGAUUCUCGUGAUCGCGCGCCUAAAUCUUCGACUGCGGAUACAAAAGCGAAAAUUGCUACUCAGCGAUAUCUUUAUGGUGGCAGCGUGGAUCUCGGGCGUCAUUACAGCUGCUUUCUCACCUGCGUUUGCGGUCCUCCACGCAUUUGAUCCGAGUGUUCAUACGACAUUGGAGGGCUAUCAUGGAGGAUCUGCCAAUUUGGUGUUGAUAUUGAAGUUGCUCUUUGCAUCGAGUUUUCCGUUUUAUACGACGCUAUACUUGUGCAAAGCUGCUCUUCUGGCAGUUUAUCUACAAGUGUUUCCCGAGUUUAUGGUCAAGAGGCGUAGAUUCCUUUGGGCCACGAUUUGGUUUAUCGGAGCCAGUUACAUCAUUACCGUCGUGAUAUUAUUCUGCAUUUGUCUCCCCAUAAGCCGAAGCUGGGAUAUCAGGCCUUCGAGGACAUGUCCGAAGUGGACUUAUGCAGUCACUUUUCACGUUGGCUGGGGACUGUCAUUUCUGGGAGAUUUGCUAGUGUUCAUUAUACCAUGGUUGAUUGUACCAGCUCUUCACGUCAGAAGAACCUUGAGAUUCGGUAUAUACUUCACCUUCCUUCUCGGCACCGUCAACAUGGCUGUUAGUCUAGUCCGCUUCGUCAUGAUCUGGAAAGCUGGAGCCGACUCGAGUAUAUCACUCAGUACGAUCGUCCUUUGGAGCGCUUUAGAUGUCAACAUAGGUCUCGUCGUUGCUUGCCUGCCGUCGCUGCGCCCAUACUUCGGAUCACGAACAAAGUCCCAAGAACAAAGUCGAGAGAGCAAUAGCUGGGAUUCUUCGAGGAAACACUCUGGGUUUGGCAACAGAACGAUAUGCUUUCACUCCAAGCAGCGAGGUAGUGGAGCGUGGCCAUCAUCGCCAGGCAGCCACGCUAGAUACUCCUCGAUAGACCAGACGGUCGUCGGGUCUAUGGAUGAUACAAAAGGGUUCAAGGAUGCGAAUGAUGUUGAGCUGAGAGCUCUACCGGGAGCCAGAACGAGGGACGUAAGUUAUGGUAAAUAA